CUGAAGCUCUGCUGUCGAAAGCCUCCUUGAGAAAAUGUGUUUGUGUGUCUAAUAGAUGGCGUUUUCCUCCUGUGGCAUGCAAUGCGAACACUGAGUGUCUAAACGGAGGAGUUUGUAUUGGAGGUGACUCUGGGGGCAACUGUACCUGCAAGCCAGGAUAUGCUGGAGACAGGUGUGAGACAGAAAUAGAUGAGUGUGAGUCCAGCCCUUGUCUCAACGGUGCCACCUGUCUGGACAGACUCAACCACUUCCAGUGUGUGUGUGUGUCAGGAUACACCGGCACGCUUUGCGAUAGCGAUAAAGAGGAACAAACAGAGCGAGUUCCAUGGUUGGCAGUGGCCAUCCCUUUGACCACUCUAUGUGUCUUACUGGCCAUCCUGGUGGUGUUUUUUCUCAUCAUGACAGCACGAAAGAAGCGUCAAUCAGAGGGCACAUACAGCCCCAGCUCACAGGAAGUAGCUGGGGCCAGACUGGAAAUGGGCAGCGUCCUCAAAGUGCCCCCAGAAGAGAGGCUUAUCUAAGGCUUGAAGCCUUUCCUCACAGACUUACAUCCAAAGGAUGCAUAU